CUUCCCUUCCUCAUAUUCCUUAUGAUCAUCAUAAAUACCGACCUCCUUCCCUCAUUCAUUGCAAAAAAGAAAACACACACUCACACACUCACAUAUUACAAGCUUCAAGCUUUAAGCUCCCAAUUCAUUUCAUUCACAGAGUUGCGAAAAGAUGAAGCUCCCUUCAAUCUUCAAGAACAAAGAAACAAACCCAACAUUAUUGAGGCAAUUGAGUUCAUGUAAGCACCCAAAGACUCUGUCUUUCAGAAAGGAGGAUGAGAUUUUCAAGACGGUUAACUCUGUUUACUUUGACCCUUUGGAUAUUGGGAUUGGUGACACAAGGGAAUCAUGGUUUACAAACUCAUCAGCAUCAGCCAGCUUCUCCACAGAGGAAACAGAGGAGGAUUCGGUGGAAGAAGAUUCAGUACUGGAGACUAUAGUUCGUGGGGCCAGGUCAGACAGGUUGUUCUUUGAGCCUGGAUUUGGAACAACAAGCUCAAUCUUGGAAGAAGAAUCAACCACCCCAAAAUCCAGCUGUGAAAUGUUUCCAUUGAAGGAGAGUGUGGUUCUGGCCAUGGAGUCAGAGGAUCCUUACUUGGAUUUCAAGAGAUCAAUGCAGGAAAUGGUGGAGACAAAUGGGCUGAAAGAUUGGGAAUCUCUGGAAGAGUUGCUUGGAUGGUACUUGAAGAUGAAUGGGAAGAUGAACCAUGGUUUUAUUGUGGGAGCUUUUGUUGAUUUGUUACUUGGGCUUGCUGCCUCUUCUUCUUCUGAAGAAGAAGAGUCUUCUUCAUUUUUGUCAGCCUCCUCUUCUUUUUCUUCUCCCUCUUCUUCUUCUUCUCCUCUAUCCUCAGUCGAUCAAAAAACAGAUUGAUGUUGCAGAUUAGAGAGGAUGGUGCAACUUUUUUCUUGUAGCUAUAAUUAGUGUUUAGCAUAGUAUUAAAACGGUGUAUAUUAUUAGGCCUGCAACAUAUAUCAUGAGUGUGUGAGAUAUGGAAUUUUGAUCUCUUUUUUCUAUCUCUGUCUCUGUCUCUAGCUCAAUUUUACUUCAUGUCUUGUUAAUUAACACUGAACAGAGGGAAUUCGGUUCUGGCCAGCCAUAUUAGCAGGGGAAAAUUAACUUUAAGAAGUGGUAAAAAAAGUCUAUCUAACAUUUUAGAUGGUUGAAUCCUGAUUUGAAGAUUGCCAUUUCAAGUUGGGCACACAGUAAUCCCGGUCCGGGGCUCAAACAAAAACAGAGCCGCAGUAAAGGGAUUGAUGAGUUUUUGAUCGGCCAUUGUUCCUCAUUUUGUAAUCAUUAGACAAAACAACUAUCUUGCUGUUGCUGACAUACAUGAGAUACACAGAUUGCAGUAUUUAAAAGGUUCUUCUCGUUUGCCUUACCAAUUUGGUUAAUUACAAGCCAC